GAAGCGCGGUGGCUGAUGGGAGGUGUAGUUUCCGUGGAGCAGGAGGCUCCAGCUACGCAGGCGGGCCGUAGGGCCCCAGCGGGACUACAAAUCCCAGAGAGGAGCGGGAGGGAGCGGGGCAGGGCGCCGCCUCAGGGCGGGGGGUACGAAAGGGAGCCGGUUGGAGUCCGCUGUUGCCAACGGCUGUUGGGUCCGCUCGCUCAGGAAUCAGAGUUAGAAUGUUGUAUGGAUGCAAUGGAGACCAAUACCACCUGUCUAGCCGAGAACCAGUGCAGUCCAGGCUGCUACAGGCGGUGGAAUGAAGAUGGCAGCAGCAGCUGCAUCAAAUGUGAUAACGAAACUGUCGCUGCCACGCCAGCGUACAACCUGACUGACUGCCGAAACAAUGGUGGCAGAGGAAUGAAUUCCCAGAUGAAUCUAACUACCGUAACCCCAGUUACUCUGGGUGUAGGGGGCCCAGAAGUAGCUGCUUCUCUUAUCUUUGGGACGUUCGUCAUCAGCCUCUUCCUCAUACUGUGCGUUGCUUCGUUCUUCUACCUCAAACGUGCCAACAAACUUCCAAAUCUCUUCUACAGAAGGAACAAAGGGUCUGUUGUACAGUCUGCUGAAUCAGCAUUCUUAUCUUUUCAGGCAUCAAUGUUAUCUCCACCGUCCUCAGUCCGCAAACCCCGCUACGUCAGAAGAGAGAGGUCACUGAUGACAUCCGGUACCAGCACAACUAUUUCUGCAGAGACCAGAGUCAGCAAUGUGUAGCAGCCAGUCUUUGGAUUGUAAAUACUGGCGUGGGCGGCACGGUGCCCAUGCACCCGGUUGCUAGCAAAAGUGCCAGGAAAACAGCUGAGAAAGUGGCCGGCUGGGAAGGGGGAAAAGAUGCCAGCAGCUUUGCAUCCAAUGGGCUUGUGCCAAUGAAGCAUGGAACGAAGACUCACGAUCAGAGGAGUUCCAGAGAGGGGAGCCAGUUCAGUUAACUGCUCUCAGGCAGGCUGCCAAUUCUGUUUUCUUUCCUGGAUCGUAGCGAAAGACUCUCCGCUCCCCUUUUGGGACACUGCGUGCUCACUGCACGGCCGCUCCAGCUCCACCAUCGUCUCUCUGACUGUCAGGAUUCGGAGGUCUGGUUGGCAGCCUGGCUCCUGCACUGCUGGGCCAUUUCUUUUUGAGGAGGUGAACUGGCUUGCGGUGCCCGCUGCUCAGUGCGAAA